CGGUUUGUUGAAGAAUCUUCAUUGUUUUCUUAUCAGUCUCCUGAUAGAAAUGUUGAUGUGGUCCCCAAUAAAGAAGAUAAAAGUGUUGAUGAUAAUCGGUUUGUUGAAGAAUCUUCAUUAUUCCCUUAUCAGUCACCUGAUAGAAAUGUUGAUGUGGUCCCCAAUAAAGAAGAUAAAAGUGUUGAUGAUAGUCGGUUUGUUGAAGAAUCUUCAUUGUUUUCUUAUCAGUCACCUGAUAGAAAUGUUGAUGUAGUCCCCAAUAAAGAAGAUAAAAAUGUUGAGGACGAAGUACAUACUAAUAGAAAAGAUUUUUCAGAAACACAAAACGAUGGUUUAUCUGGUUUCCCAUCACCUAUGCCCCAACAUAGGGAUCAUUUUCAUCCUAUUCCUAACACUCAGCUACUUCGUUCCUCUGUUUCUGACCGCAUAGAGACAUCUCGUAUUGACAUAUCUAAAAGUACAGGUGGUGAUGACUUGGCAGACGACACAGUUCCAGAGAGUGUGAAAAGAUCUAGAGCCAAUGUUGACCAAGUGAACAGACCACGAGGUGCAAGACGACUUCGUAAAAGAAGGAGAAGAAUGCGAAAGAUCAAACGAUCUGUUGAUAUUUCUAAACCGCUCCUUCCAUCAGAAGUUGAGACUUGGAGAAUUCCGCACAGAACUAGUUUUCACUGUGCUGACAAAGUUGCAGGUUCUAUCUAUGGUGAUAUAGAAACAGACUGUGAAAUGUUUCAUGUCUGUAUUCCUCUUGGGAAAGGCAAAUUACUAGAUUACAGACUCUUCUGUGCUAAUGGAACUGCUUUCAAUCAGAAAACUGGAACUUGCCAGUAUAAAGAAACUUUUGAGUGCUUAAAGGUAAACAAACAUUUCACGUAUGAUAAGGUUCGACACUACCUUCUUGGAGGUAAACCUGUAGAAAGGAAGCCUUAUAAAUAUGAAAAACGUAGUAGAAGAGAUGUCAUACCUGAAAGAAGUGACCAAACCAAGCCAAUAACUUCCUUCACGUGUGAUGACAAACCUCCCGGUGGCUACUAUGCUGACUAUGACACAGGAUGUCGGCUCUUUCACCUCUGUGCUCCUGCCAAUGAAGGAAUAACAAUCGACCUGAAGUUCUGGUGUGGCAAUGACACCAUCUUUAACCACAGAACACUCACGUGUGAACCUCUAGGAGAGGCAUCUUGUGAACCAGAUCCAAAUUUGUCAAUUAACGACCAAUUAUUCGUUCUAAAACAAACAUCCCGCAUCGAAGAAUCUCAUGAUCAGAAGGAAAAAGAUUAUCGAAAAUUCCAGUAUCUAGAGGAAAAUGAACAAAGCCUUUAUGUCUCCUGAUUAUUAAAACCCUUAAAAGUAUAAAGAGUUCUGUUGCAUCUGGGAAAUCCUGUGGUCUGAGUCUACUAUUAAGCUCCAACUGUCGUUCAAAACCUAGAGAAACAGCAGGAGAGGACCUCAGUAAACUCAGGCCACGUGAUGAACAUACCGUAUCACUUGUGGUCUGAGUUUACUAUUAAGCUCCAACUGUCGUUCAAAACUUAGAGAAACAGCAGGAGAGGACCUCAGUAAACUCAGGCCACGUGAUGAACAUAUUGUAACACUUAUCUUUAUGUCGAAAUGAGUUUUAGAUGUUAUUAAUUUGUCAACUCCACAUUAAUUGACAAAAAAAAUGUUUCUCUAUUUCACCUGCCUGUAGUAACACUAGAACGUUGUCAUGGACGUGAUAUAAGCUGUCAUGUGGGAUCUAAUCUGUACAAAUAACAGACAUGCGCAAAUGUAAUCACACUUAAUGAAUAAAAUAUGAAUC